GCGAUCGACCCAACCACUCAAAGGAGCAAACAAGUGGACAAACAGAUGGCGGAUCUACCGCGACUACGAUACGUAUCAAACCGGCGCACGAUCAAAGCACUCGUGUACUGUACCAUACCACACCGGCACAGUACCGUAGCAUCGCCGCCACCACCCCCUCCCGCCCGUCCAACCAAAACAGCCUCAAAACCAAUACCGUAAUCAAUAGUAAUCCCGUGGACACCCUUCUAGACCCCUCUAUUAAAAAAUUACAGCCUCACCUCACUAACCUCACUCACCCAGUCAGUCAAUCAACCAGUCCCGACGUCAGAUUACUCGUACAGUACAAGUACAGCAGCAUGAGUGUGGGGGGGGGAGAAGGGAAAAACUACAGUACGGUAUCCACUCCCAAAAUAUCCCUCACUCAGUCACUCACUCAGUCUGUCAGUCUGUCAGUCAGUCAGUCGCCUUCCAUCGCCACCGGUGCCGACCUAGGAGGUUAGCCCCGAGUGAUCACGCAUGACACCCCCGCCGAGUUCCCCUCCCAAGGCAGCGAAUCCGAGGAGAGCGUUUGAAACACGACCAGCCUUGAACCUUGCGCAGGGCAGAUAGGGUGCUCGAGUACCGUAGAGGGGGGAUAUGGUAGGGAUGGUCAUUGUGACAAACGGUGUUUAUUCGCUGUGACGGUUGUGGUUAUUUGGUUUGGUUUACACCGGUUGGUUAGCAAUGCGUUGUGCUCGCGGUGUGCAGCGACUCCUCGGUUGGGGGGGGGUUGGAAUACUACUUGUGUGGAUGGAUGAUGGUGGUGGGUGGAGAAAGCGGCGGAUAUCGCGUGAGGUAUUUGGCUGGCUGGCUGGCUGGCCCGCUGAAUGGGUGGGUUUGGCACCCUUUUGGGCGACAGUUUACUCGCAGUUUUUUUUGGUUGCUGGGCUGUGCUUGCUGAGUACUGUAAGAGUAGUACAGCACCAGUAUCGCAUCGACCGGAUUUUGGGAGGUGACAGUCACAAGUGUUCAAGUAUGAUAAUAAUGAUGAAGUAUCGGUAGAGUAAACGCCGGUAAGACCGGUACCAUCUUCGACGGUAAGAAAGAAAACGCAGGGCGAGGAUCCAACUUUCGUAGAAAAUGCACGGCAAGUCUGUUUCCCAACUGAAUAAUUGCACGGAGGGGGUAUAACGCAGGGUAGAAAGGGGGGUAGGGUAAAUCCGGAUAUUUACAGUACAAUUCCGAUAAUGAGGAUGAUGGAAAUAGUAAAAAUAGCAAAAGCGAUGAUAACAAACAAAUAAAAAAUUCCAAAUAAACCCAACCUAGCUUAGCCUUAAUACGAUACAAAACACCGCCAUUUCCCAAAAUCGAACACAAAAAAUAAAAAUAAAAAACACAAAAUGUCCAACACCAUGAUGACCGAGAAAUGAAAGUGAAAACGAAAAUGGCAAAAAUCCUAUACAAAAGAGAUAGUAUGUUUACAAAAGAAAUCUUAAACAGCAUAGACAGAGAAUCAAACCCGUAAGCAAGUCUUUUUCCCGAAUCGAUAAAAAUAAACACCAAACACCCGUUUCUCUAGAGUGUUGUUAUGAAAUGGGUAUGAAAUACAAGUCCGAACACCGAUAAAUACAGCAUGGCGAUGAUGAAGGUGACGCUGAUGAUGGGAUGCGUGGCUGAUAUGGGGGAUGGGGGGGUAUGAACAAAGGAGAUGCCGGUAAACGAUCAAUUGCCCGCCGGGGAUCUUCCGCUAACCAAUUGCGUGGGAAAAGUGAAGAGAAAAAACUCCAAAACGCGAUGGUGAUGACGGCGAAGAUGGCGAUGGUGCCGGUUCAGUAUGGAGGGGUAUUGUACAAGGAAUGAAUGUAAGGGUUUCUCGUGGCUCAUUAGGAUCGUGGGAAUCGUGAUAAUAUGAGGGAGGGAGGCCUGUUACGGCUGGGACACUACUGCACCACAAACAUUAGCAUCACGAACUCAGAAAAACAAUCUCUCCAAAUGAUGCAGUCCGAACAUACCGAGAUGAAGAGAAAAAACGAGGGGGGAAAUGAUGAUAAAAACCACCAUCUACCGAUCCUUCUCGUAAUCCCCAUUAACCGAAGAACCCGCGCUCCAACUCUUAGCCCUGAAAAUCCUCCCCCACAAUGCAGUCAUCCAGCCAUUUCGCUCCUCCUGAAUCCUUCUCCUGUCGUCCUCGCCCUCGCCCUCCUCCACCUCAUCAUCAUCCUCAUCGUCGUUCAUGUCCGAGAAGCUAGGUUGCGGGAAAAACACCCAGGUGUCGUCCGAGGUGGAUUGCGGCAUGAAGGUUGUUGUGUCUGAUGAUUUUUCCGAAGGUCGGCGGUGCAUUGUAGCCGGUGAUGAGGCUGAUCUCUGUAGUUGUCGCGACAUGGCUCUCCCGUAUUCGAUUUUCGUGUGAGCGUCUUCCCUUUCAGUUACCGCUAUCUUUUUUAUCGGGAGCUCGGGUGUUUGUAGCGUGGUUUAUGUAGUAGUACGAUAGCAGUGUUUGUUUUUGUGUGUGUCUGUGUGUGUGACAGCGGUUGAUAUUUCGUGAGGAUAGAAUGCGGUGAUCGUUGUCGUGUGUUGGGGCUUGUGGGACCGGGGAGGGGGGGGGGUUAAAUAAUGAUUCUUUGUUUUUCGCAACUAUCAAAGUGCACUGCACUGCAGAACUCGAGGGAAAAAAGGAAAGCGGGAGAGAGGAAAAAAACCUUGCAGGGUCGAGGGAAAGGUCCAAGGGCUUAAUAGCAAAACAGUACUCGAGCACACGCGCUGGCGAGUAGCAAUCCCGCAAAGCUCACGGACUGACCUCUCCGCUCCUCCUCCUCCUCCUCUCUCUCCCUCCUACCGCAAGGAACCGCAAUAGCGGACAGCAACAGAAAACCCACUGCUACGUGUCGCUCCCUCACACACCCACUGGGGAACAGACUUCUUGAAAAAGCUACCCCGAGGGCGGGGAGGGUAACGAAUUGGUAGUGUGUUGGAGUGGGUGUAGGAGACAUUCCGUCCACUGGAGUGAGUACUUCUGCAAGCAAAGGAGAGAUAGGAAGAAGAAGAAAAAAUGACGGUCCAAUGAUCGCCCGCCGCGUGCACACCCCCGUCACUUUGUGGUGACGAGAGACAGCUUGAUCGGGUCCGGGUAACAGAGCUUGGGACUUUACUCGAGGUCAUGAAGUGUGCAACAAAAGAGUAAACAUAAAGUUAGGGCUCACAGUACUUGUACUGUUCUGUCAUUAUACCGAUCCUUCGAGUUUCAGCCCCAGUUCAGUAUCCCCCACACUUCAACCGCUGCUGACUUUAGAGACCCAUUCGUCAUAGGGUACCCCAGUGGACUGUCUAGUUGGUCAAACCAUCAUCACAGCACUAGUACGGUGCUCGUAUCACACGCUGUGCCUCUGUUUUUUGUUUCCAAUUGAUGCGCUAGCGCAUCGCGAUGUGCACCAGGUAUGGUGCCUCUCGUGAAAAGAAAAGAAAUAAUACGGGACUCUUUGCAAAUCUGCAGUAAGUUAUGUAUCACACUCGAGUGGAACACAGUUCGACACGGUACUCGUAAGUGAAAAGUGACCCAAAAGCGGGAGUCGGGCGGGUACGGUACAGUAGUACGCACCCACGCCUAGGCUCCCCCACAAGGAAC